AUGACUGAUGUAACUUCUCGAGUACGUCUUUGCUUCAUUCGUCAUGCACAAUCAGAAGCUAAUCUUAUAUCUCAUACAAUAUGUGGUCAAAAUAAUUCAUGUUCAUUAAGUCCAUUAGGACAUGAACAAGCCGUUCUAUUAGGCAAACGAUUGAAAUAUCAGAAUGCUAAAUUCGAUUAUUUUUUAUGUUCAACUGCUAUACGUGCAAAACAAACAGCAGAUAUUGUCUUAGAAAUAAUGAAUAUUGAUCUAUCAAAAUUAAUUACAACUAAUGCACUUUUAGAACAAUCACAAGGUAAUUGGGAAGGACUGAAUCGUCAAUCAUGUUAUACAAAAGAUAUAAGAGAACAAAUGGAUAAAUUACAUAUCGAAUUUAGUGCACCAAAUGGUGAAUCAUUACGAAUGGUACAAAAACGUGCUAUUGAUUUUUUAGAACCAUACAUAGAUCAAGCAAAAAAACAGAGUAUAGAAGAAAAUAGAGAAAUAUCAAUUAUAAUAUUUACACAUGGAAAUUUAAUACGUGCUGUAUUACAGUAUUAUUUACAGAGUAAUACGAAAUAUACAUGGCUUAUUAAACAAGAAAAUACUUCAAUUAGCGAAAUAUUACUUGAUCAAUUUGGAACAUCUUUAGUUAAAGUUAAUGAUAGUGGACAUUUAAUAUUUUUAAUACCAGAAUCAAUAGAGAAAAGUUGA